AAGUGUUAACUAUGAGAGUGGGCAAUUAACUGACCAUGGUCACACUAACAAAUCGCACUUUACCACUUCUAUAUAAACUCUUUUUAGUAUGCAAAAUCAAAUAGACAAAAAAAAUUCACUCAAAUAGAAAGUGUAGAGAGAGAAAGCCAUCAAAGUAAAGAGAAGGUGUAGAUCGGAGCGCUAGCUUUUCCGGCUUUGAUCUAUUUCAUCAUCUACCAUGUGUCCUCUGGCUUCGGCAGCUCCGUCUCCAGGUUUUACGAGUUCCUGUUGGACUGAUGAACAAAUCAUUUUGUCCCUGGACAAAUUUAACCAUGGAGCACCCAUCCCUGAAGAUGUGAUUGUCGAUAAUCCUUAUCAGUGUGAUCCUUCAGAUUUGCGCGAUGGAGUAUGGUUUCUGGUAACAUCAACUGAGAGAAAAGAGACAAAACAUCGACUUUGGGCAGCAAAAGGUUCACCCUGUGAAAUAUUUGCAAAUUCUACCAUCUGUGGUUGGAGAACCACUUUUGAAUUUGUUCAAGUCCAAGCCCCUAUCAAACAGAAAUCUGUCUGGAUGAUGCAGGAAUAUAAAAUAACGCAGAAAGGGGAAAAUUAUCAGAAUAAGUCAAAGGAGUCUACACUUUGUAGAGUUUUCAGUUGCUGUGAUGAGAACUUGAAUAAUGAGACGAAGCCAGAGCACAAAAACAAGAACAAUAAUGAGAAAAAUCCAGAGAAAAACGAUGAUCUUGACUGGGAGUUACAACUUAGCUUGAUGGCAUCAAUUAACGAACACUCUAGCAGUAAUGAUGGACAACGUUCAAUUGGUGGAUCCCAGGUGAAUAACCAGACAGAAGGGGUUGAGUCAUCACUUGUUGACAAAUUUAAUGAUCCCUCUGGUGAUGAUAUAGUACUAGAUUCCAUUUUAAGAGGGGACUACUUGGAAUUGGACGACCUUGUCAAUUCGUCUAGUUCAGGGAAUUCAAGUUGCAUGAGCUUCGCAUCUGAUGAAUGUUUUGACUCUCUGGCACUUUUACGGGAUCUGGAUGAUGAGAAGAAAGAAGAUUUGAGUGGAAAAGGUUCAACUAGCAAUUAUAACAUAAUGAUGUGCGAAAGAGCAAAUGAUGUGGUUAUGCUGCCUGCACCUUUAGAGUCUGUUGUUAAAGGGAGUGGAGCUGCAGCCAAAGAAACUCAACAAGUUGCUGAUAAUAACAAAUCCAAAUGUCCCAGUGAGCCAUCCCCAGAUCAGGCUGCUAAAAGGCAUAAGGCUGAGCGUACAGAUGAAGGUCCAUCCCAUUCUUGUAGAGCAAUGACAUCUUCCAGCAUCAGCAGUAGCCAUGAACCGGGACGUGUAGCAAGAAGGGAGGAGAAAAGAAUGAAGAAGCUUCUGAAGUACUUCUGUUUUAUGUCUCUCUAGAUCAUUAAUUGCUAUUUGUAGAUACAGACAUGCAAGCAGCCUAGAAAAGUAAAACAAGUUGUCUAGAAAAAAAAAAAAAAAUAGAGAGAGAGAGAGAAGGUGGGAUAGGGGUGGAGAGAUAGUUUAAGCUAUUGAAUAUUUGAUAUGUUGUGUAUUAGGCUAAAUUUUAAACUUUAUGUUGAGUUUAAGAUUUAGAAUAGGAAAUUGAUUUUGCAGAAAGAGUCUAGAACUGAUGUUCUGUUUAAUAUUGGAACAUCUUCAUUGUAAUAUUAAGAGAGAAAAGUUGGUGCUUUUUUAUAUGUU